AAUGGCUGCGCCCAUGGCGAAAGCGCCGAAAGCGCUGUCUCUAGAAAUUCUGGCUGAAUGUAGCACAACAAAGGCAAGGACAUGCAAGUUGAGGCUUCCACAUCAAUUAGUAGAUACUCCUGUCUUCAUGCCGGUCGGGACACAAGGCACAAUGAAAGGUCUUACGACGUCACAACUUAAAAAUCUUGACUGUCAGUUAAUUCUUGGCAACACGUACCAUUUAGGCAUGCGCCCUGGACCAGAACUGUUAGAAAAAGCUGGUGGACUUCACAACUUUAUGAAUUGGAACAGAGGGCUUCUUACAGAUAGUGGUGGAUUCCAGAUGGUCUCGCUACUUGAAUUGGCUGAAAUUACGGAAGAAGGGGUAAAGUUCAGGUCUCCCUACACCAAGGAGGAGAUGCUUUUGACACCAGAGAAGUCUGUGGAGAUCCAGGCAAGCAUCGGUGCUGAUAUCAUCAUGCAGUUGGAUGAUGUGGUGCACAGUUUGACGACAGGACCGCGAGUGGAGGAAGCCAUGCGCAGGUCAAUACGCUGGUUAGACAGGUGCAUAGCUGCCCAAAAGCGACCACAUGAGCAGAAUCUGUUUGCAAUAGUCCAAGGGGGCUUGGACUCCAGACUACGGACCAUUUGUGCAGAAGAAAUGGUGAAGCGAGACACUCCCGGUUACGCCAUCGGAGGAUUGAGUGGUGGCGAGGAGAAGGAUUAUUUCUGGAAGAUGGUGACGCUAUCAACGGACAUACUGCCUAGGGACAAACCGCGAUAUUGCAUGGGAGUCGGAUAUGCAGUUGACCUAGUUGUGUGCUGUGCAUUAGGUGUUGAUAUGUAUGACUGUGUGUUCCCAACCAGAACUGCCCGAUUUGGCUCGGCCCUCAUCAAGACCGGCCAACUCCACUUGAGUCAGAAGCGAUACGCCACAGACUUUCGUCCAAUAGACGAGAACUGUGAGUGUUCCACCUGUCGGCAGCACACCAGGGCCUACCUCAGCACCAUAGCUGGACGAGAGAGUGUGGCCUGCCAGCUGAUCAGUGUGCACAACGUCAAAUUCCAAAUGGACCUGAUGAGGGAUAUACGACAGGCAAUCCUGGAGGACCGUUACCCGGCUUUCAUCAAGGACUACAUGAGGACUGUCUACCCUAGUGAGGAUUAUCCAUCGUGGCUACGAGACUCCUUAGCAUCCGUCAAUGUUGACCUUAAUAGCUGACGACAGUGGACAACGAAUUAGUAUUUUAUUUUGAAAGCAAAAUUUUAAAUCAAAAGGGGUUCUUUUUUAAAUUGGCAUCAAUGUUGACAAACUUCACCUGGAGCCAGUCAUUCUUCUUCCAUUCAGUUCUUAAAGCGGUUUGAUGCCAAUUUUACUCCAUCCCUUCGUCAUUUAAAAAUAUGCUUCUGAAACUUACCUUCUACUUGAGUUCUGAACAGGUUGAAAAAUCCUCCAAUUUUGCUUCCCUCACUGUUACUUUUAGGUUCACCUACCCCGUGCAUAUGAUUAGAACUCAAAAUGCUUGAGAGCAGCGUGCACGAUAUUUUGUCAAGAGGCAUUGGAGACGUUUUGGGUAAAUCUAAAGCCCUUUUCAUUAUGUCAAGUUAGGCUAUAUUGAGGAUUAAUGUUAAACUUCUCAGGUGAUUCUGAUGUGUUUUUAGCUGGUGUAAAUUUAUUCAAACCGCACUGCAAGGUCAAGAUGCUGAAUUGUUGUUUUUGGCAGAAGAAAGUUCACACAUGCACACUCACAAGACCCUUUAGGCUACUGUUUUAUCUUUGGAGAAUGUAUCAUCUUGUUUCUUCUUGGGACUUUUUACUUUUCCCUGCGACAAGUUACUUGAUUAUUUUUAUUCAUAUAAAAAUCUGCACGGUUUGUAAUCAAAGUAAACAAAUGUAUUCAUUUGUAUUUUUGUAAAUCUGAAAACAGAAAGCCUUUUUAGAUUUCCAGAAAUAGCUUAGAAUCGAGCAUUCAUUCCUGGUAUUCUGAAGUAAAUGCCACAACACUUUGUAAUUGAUUACACGCCAACUUUGUUUUCCAGUUUCCCUCAGCAACUUUGCGCUCAGGCUAGGUGUAAAAAAUAAGAGCAUG